UAUUUCUCGCAGCGCAGCACCCCCAGCGGGGUCUACUCUUUAUUAUGUCUAUGCCUUCUCGUCUCUCUCUCUCUAUCCCACCUCCUCUCUGCUGCGUCAGUGGGGUGUUGACGGACCCUCCUGGCAGCUGAAUUGAGCCGAAAACAACGAGCUCAACUUUACAUUGCUGUUUCCUAUCGGUAAAUAUACACCUAACGUCUUAUUGCACCAUACUAUCAUUUAUUUGCGGAAAUACUGUUAAAAUACGGUUUUAGUUGUCAGAGGAAUUGCGGGUGUUGACGGGUACAGCGGAACGUCCUCAAUUACCCGUAAAGGUUAGCUUCAUGCUAGCAAAGCCUGUGCUAAAGUUAGCAGCUGAUGCUAUAAUCAUUACUCCCGGGCGGAGCUGGUAUUACAGAUAUGUUUAGAGGUCAUUUUUAGACAACAUUGUUCGACAGCAUUUUGCAGGAGUGGCUGAGGACAGCAAUAGACAAAAUCCUAGCAAAAAUUGUGGUCAGAGUUAACUGCUGUUGCGAGGUGCGCUAAUCUGAAAGUAUAGACGCUCUAAAUUAACUUGAAAUACAAGAAGCAAAAAAAACAUCUCUAUGUUUUAAUUAUAUAUUUAGGCCAGAGUUGUCAGGUUGUCAGUAAGUCACCAUUGAAAUCGUAAGUUUUGUAGCUCUUUAGGUGUGGCAUUUUUCCACAAUGGGAAGCACUUUUAGAGGGUCUGGAGGGUGUGCCUGUAGUUGCUUAAGUGAAACAACACAUGAAAACACCUUGUCUUGAUAGAUAACCACCUUAAACAGUUCUAUGUACAGUUAAACUGGUUAAUACUGCAUUGACAUGACAGGAACAAAUAGUUAACAAGUUAAACCUAAUAGUUUACAGCCGUAGUGUUUGAGAGUUGUAUUGCAUGGUUACACUGUUUUUGGGGUGUCUACUGCAUCUUCUUGAUUCUUCCUUGUAAUUUCUCAAUAAUUAAACUAAGAGCCAGUUCAACCUGACCUGUAUCUGUGAACCUGAUCUUUAGUACCAGACAGCACCAAACACUUGAAACACAUAAUGCUGUGAGGGAAAAUGUGUAAAGUUGAAGUUGAAUCAAUUACUUGAAAUGUCCUAAAUACCUGUGUGGGUCAAUGACGUAUAAGGUUUUUCAACAUGCCAAUUUUAAAAUACCAAAAAUAAGAAUGUCUUUUGCAACACUUCAAACAAUAAGGAUGUUAUGUAUACAAAAAUUAAAGUUUAAUUUAUAAAUUAGGCAAUUUUAGUGUUUUUUCAUAUAGAUGAAUUGCCUGUGGCCUUAAAAAAUGUCAUGUGGUGCGACCAUCAUUUAUCUCAGAAUUAUUACAUUUUUUCAACAUACUCCAUAGUUUUUUACAAAUUUUCGGUAAUAUCAAGAACAUAGGAACAAAGCGUUUGCAUUUUAUUUGAGUUUUUGUAAAUAGUGAUCUCAUAUAUUAGCUCUAUAAUGUCACAGUCGCCAUAUCAAAUGUAGUUCACUGACUAUUUUUUUCUUUAAAUUGCAUAAUACUGAUAAAAUGUUUUGAAACUACCUUUCAUGUAAGCAUAUUGUAUCAGGUAUUAAUGUCUCAGUUACAGAAAUGAGAUAUUUUAGUUUGUAUUUGAUAUAAUUAAUGUUAUUAUUGGUCGCACCACAUGAUUGGUGGUGGCGCCAAAUGACCUGAAGACCUUGUAUCAUUAAAAAUCAAUUUAAAGAGACCUAUGAACAAUUAAUUUCAUGCAAAUUUUAUAUUAAAACCAAAUUUUAGUAACAUUUCAAACAUGAACAUGAACAUUUUAUUUCCCUUUUUUACAAAAAUUUAACUCUGUGUGUGUUUGUGUAUGUGGUCCAGAGGCCUGCACUUUGAAGCUGGAUUAACACACCCACGAUAACUCUGCCACAACUCGUGCAACUUCACCAGAUCUCAGUAAUCCCGAUCAGAUGUACUACGAGGCAGGAUAUCAACUCGCUAACUAAAUUCAGUUGUGGUCAGUCUAGAUCUGUGCGCGCACAUGUAAAGGGGGUGGGGUCAGUGCCACUGGACCAAUCUCCACAUUGAAGAAGGCUGCAUGUCAUAUUUCACAGUCGAGGAACAGAGCAUUGUUUUACGCUAAUACGAGGAGUACCGCAACAUUAUAUCAGUGAGGAGCAGGACAGCCGCAGCCGCUGAAAGCCGGAGGGACUGCUGGCAAAAAAAAUCAUCGAUUGUGUAAAUUACAUUUGUGCGUUCAUAAAUUUAUGGCCCCCUAAUAUGUUGUCAUGCAGUGUGUGUGAUAACCUCCAUCAUUGACCUCAUUAUUUCAGAUACAACAGCAGUGGGGAAAAGAGUACGUGGGAGCAAAUAAAAAUAAAUCUAAAAACAUCCGUCAAAGUGGUUAGCUGGUUUACUGGAAGAUUUUAUUUGUACAUAUUUCAAUGCGUAAACAGUGAUUUCCUCACACUGCCUUUUUAUCUUUUUUCUCCAUCAUCUGAUGGUCACAUGUCAUCUGCACACACAUUUGGAGUUGAGAGUUUUCUAAUCUGCUUCAAUAAAUUCUGAAUGAUUACUGAUAUGCCGCAUGAAACUUGAACUUGGAGCUUGGCAAAUAUUAGUGUAUUGCUUCGACUUCAUGUUACCUGACUAUUGAGGCCGUCUGAGGAAAACCUGUAACGUUCAUAGAGAACGUCAUCAGGUAAAUCAAACGGAUUUGAACGAUCAUGAAUAUAACGCUCUCUGCGAAGCGCUCCUCUCACUAUCCAUGCAGCGAUGUCAACAAUCUCGGCCCAAUCUUUGACCAGCCCUGGCAUGAACAACAUGCUGCAGGGUCAGAGUUGACACGCUGCCUAUGGCGAGCGUUUUUAACUUUGCUCGGCAGCGGCAUCUGGUAAAAUAAAUUAAAAUGACUUAAAUUGAUACAUGAAAGUUAAUAAACUGCUAACAACGGCAUAAAUACCUUAAGUGAAAUGGCAUGCUUUUAAUAUUUUUGUUCUUAUUUUGUACAGAGAUGACCUAACCAUUAUUUCAGAAAUGUUAGCAAAAUGACUCAUCAAAUAACAAAAGAAAUUCAAAAUAAUACUAAAAAUUAAGUACUUAGUGUUUAUCAAUCAUCAAUUGAAUAUAAAAAGCGUAAAUACUGCCAAUCUAGGGCAUAUGUUUAUGAUGGAAAACAAUCUGCAGUGGUCGCACCACAUGAUAAUUGGUCGCACCGCAUGACAUUUCAAGUUCAGUCAAAUCUUACUGAUACAGGAUUAGUCACAUAAACAAAGCUCACUAGCUUCCCACAAAAGGUCACUAUGAAAUUUAUAAUUAAAAUACUUAUUUGUGGAAAUAACUCAAAUUAAUUGGUUUUUUUUUUGAGGUCAUACCACAUGACAUGGAAAAGUGGCAACACCAUUACAGCAGUUGAAAAGGUCUUUUUUUUUUAAGAAAUGAGAGAGCCACCAACCCUCUUUCUGCUUCCAUAGCUCUACGACAAAAUGGUGAAUGAUGCAACUUCCUGUCCUUGAGUAAAUUUCAGCAUAAAAGUGUCAAAAAUGGUCAUUUUUUGAUGGUCGCACCACAUGAUAUUUAAUGAAAUGGACACGAUCAGACAAAAUUCGUUUAUAUAUUAUGAAAAAAAUUUAACUGCAAAAGCUUUGCAAUUUUGUACAGGAAUAAAAAACACCUUCAAAAUUAUGCAGAGUAUUGCAGAAACUAAAUUGUAAUAGAUUUAGAGUAAUUUCAAAGAAGUUUUCAAAACAGAAGUCAUGGCUGGACGGUCGUACCACAUGAUAUUUUGACCCUUUGAAGUUCAGAAAAAUUACAAAAAACUCCUGAUUUUUGAAAAGUUGAAGUGGCUCCAUAUAUUAGAGAGAUACUACACAUAGAUAGUAUAUUUUUUUACAUUUAAAACUCUUUGUAACAUAAAGAAAAUACAGCCGGACAGAAUAUUGAGGCGUCACGUCAUUGACCUGUAUACUGGGUGAAAUGUAGAAAUGAAACACAAUGUGAUAAAUUGCAAACCAUUGAGUGUGAAACGUUAAUUAAGAUUUUUAACCUGAUUUUAAAAACCAUACUUCACGUGUCUGUUUAUAAAUAUUGUUUAUCAUAUCAAAAACUGACAAUUGUGUAAUCGUGUAAAUUUUGGGGCCAAGAAAAGGAAAGGGGACAACAAAACACUGAAAGAGUUGUGUAAUACUUGGAAAAAACACAUUGAAGAACAUCUUCUAACAGCGAGGUUAUUUUCUACCAGGUUAGUGACAUGACUGUGUUUAAAAGACUGUGAAAAAGGCUGAGCCUCUCUAAAGCAAAGGUAGAUAGAGGUUCAGCUCUGUGAGAGACUGCAUGGGCAUUGUUGUCCUUAGCAUAAAAUAUCAAAUAACUUGUGAAGCCCACCAUCUACAGUUAUUAAUAAUAGAUAGAUAGAUAGAUAGAUAGAUAGAAACUGUACUAAUCCCAAGGAUCAAAGACCCUCAAAAUAUGGUAAGUGUCUACAUAUAACACAAAGCCUACAACCAGUACCAGAUUGCCAUGAUUUUUAGGCGGCACUGUAUUAGGAACAGACAGGACUUUGUGGCAUAAAUAGCUUCAGGGUCUCAAAAGCAGUCUUUGAAUACAGUUUUAGCUGAGCAGAUAAGGAAAUAAUCGUUCACUUUGUUAUACAAGCAUGAAAUUUGGUACAUAUACUCUUCAAACCCGACUCUUUUCAAAAAUAACGUUAGCCACGCAAAAUUCCAAGAUGGCGGCCCCAAAAUCCAAGAUGUCCGCCCCAAAAUGUGGUUUUUCCUUUAUAACUCAAAAUGACUUGAUUUUAAGCCCCAUACAUAUAUUGACGUUGAAUAUAAAGUUUAUUGCGGACAUUUUGGUACCUAGUACAUCUCUGUAUCCAUUACGGUUCUUGAGAUACAGCAUAUAGAUACUUGUACAGAAUUGGGAGAGUGAGAAAUUUGUAACAGCGAUUGUUGUUACGUGCAUAUGGUCGCAUGAAAAUAUCAUUUCCGUUAUCUGUUAUUUUCAUUAGGGUUAUAACAUUAAAUUCGAAAAACCAAGAUGGCUGCCAUUACCUUGAAGUAAUCAUGAAUUCAGCAGAGAUGAAUCAUGAAUUCAGAAGGAUGAAACUUGUCAUAAAAGGUUAAAAAUUAGGCCUUUUGUGACAAUUUUCUGAUUUUUGUCUAAUCUAAUUAGACAAAUGGUUGCUAAUGGUUGCUCCCCGUUCCAUGUGGAUCCCAACAGGAGUUUUAGCUGCUCUGUCUAAAUGUAACAGCACAGCAGAAAGGAUCAUAGUUUACCUUACUAAACACAAGUAAACCUGCAAAAAAAUGAAACUUUAAAACCCCCUGUCCUUCUCACAUGCAGUAGAAGCUUAACAAUCACAGAAUAAAAUCCAAUUCAGCAGGAAAUCGACCACAGAGAGGUAAAGCAACCUGUUGUGAGCAUGUUGUUUUUUGUAUACCGAGUCCAGCUGAUUGGGGCUGCACUACUAUUUUUCUAGUAUCAGUAUACCCUGCAACCCCAGUUAGUAUACCCACAAAUGCAAAUGCUAACAACAGCUGCUCACAGCUACUUUUGUAAUUAUGACAUAGCAGGUACCCACCAAUCAGCUGACAUUUUUUACACUUCAGGAACCACUCAGGGUCAGUGCUCAUUGACAAUUAGUGUAAAACAGUGACAGAAAUAAUAAAAAGAAGACUGACAAAAAGCAGUUGUCAGGUCUGCACAGGGCUGAAACUACCAGAUAGAAGUUAAAACAAGCUUGAAAUGUUCCAACAUAGAUUCAAGGUCAGUGAUUACAUAGGGUAGAAGUGAUCAAUUAAAGUGCAGAUAGAGAGGUUUAAAAUCCCAUUUUAGAAGUGUCCAAAAGACAGAAGUGCAUCAUGAUCCCACAGCAGCAAACACAACAGGAACUUUACAUGUUGAACUUGUGAUUGUGCCAUAAAUGAGUGUGUGUGUGUGUGUGUGUGUGUGUGUGUGUGUGUGUGUGUGUGUGUGUGCGUGUGUGUGUGUGUUCACAGUUGACAGAAAUGUUUCUCGCCAAAAAGUUACUCGGUGGCCUUGUUGAUGUUGUCAGGUAAGAAUCCGCUCAGAGUUCCUGUAAAGACCUAAAAAGUUUAAGGUGUGUUGCUGAACUUAUAUCCCUUUAAUCCUGUCUCUCCAGCAACAUCGACCCAGCCCAGUUUCUGCCAACUGAUCCUGUGAGUAACAUCAAUACUGCCAUCUCCACCAGAAGGUAAAUCUUGUUUAAUAUAGGAUUGUAAAGAUUGCUGUGACUCUGUCCCUCAGCCUCCACCUCGCCGGCCGGCAGUGUAUGCAGAGCAGCAUGAGAGUGACGAGGAGAAGCAGUUCCGCAGAGUCUUCCAGCAGCUUGCUGGAGAUGUGAGUGCAGUAGUUGCACUUCAUUUUCAAGUCUGUUUGAAACGAUUCCACAUGUUUAAAGCACAAAAACUGAAAUGUGUUUUUAUUUUUAUUUUUUUUAAGUUUGGAUUGACCUCAAGGGACUAAAAGCUUUAACAGUUAAUUGCCAGUGUAGCAGGGUUAGCGGUCCAGUUAUGAGAGCAGUAAAAGCCAAAUUAAUGCCUGUGUCUGCUCAAGCUAUUUUUUUUCUUUUUCUUUCCACUAGCCAGAUAGUUACACAUAAAUGUGACAGAUAUAUUUAAAAGUACACAAACUCUUCUUUAACUGCACGAAAAUACACUAACUACUCUAUUAGUCUGCUCAAGUUUUUGUAUAGGGUCAUUCCAUGUCAAUUCAACCAAGAAUCUCCACUCACGUCACAGAUUUUGAUGAAAUUUGGUGGACUGAUUGGACUUCAGGAGAAACUGUCAGAGCUCAAAUAUUUUUGUUCAAAGCCAUCUAAUUAGUGAGAUAGGGGCUAAUUAAUUCAGGUGUCAUUUUAAAGCUCCCUUCAAGUUCUAUCUUUUUGUUAUAUAACACUUUUCCCAAAUCGGACCAGAAAAAAGUUAUAAAAGACCAAAUACUUAAAUUGGAAAUAGCAAAAAACGCGCGUCCUUCAAUUUUCUUCAUAUUCACACUUAAGAAAGACUAUCAUGUCCACUAGGAUCCCUGCAAGUUUCAGGAUGGGCAUUCCAUAACUUUUUGAGUAAUCAGUCAAAAUGUGUGGUACGUUAGGUCGAAAAUCGCCAUAUUUGGCACAUUAUACAGUCCUGACCUCAUCUGGAGUCAGCCCCACUUGCCUGCUUGUGUAAAAUAUUACUUCCUCAUAGUACAAAAUGCUUUUUUUGAGUGUUUUCAUUUUUGUACGUUAUCCCAUAUUUAUAUGAAAUGGCUACAAUAGCUUAUUUUUGCUCAGUUUUCCAUAGCAUUUCAUUUCUAUUUGCACCUAUAUCCAGAAUAUGAAUGAUCUUAGCUUCAUGGGAGAAUCAUUUGGACAUACCUGCAUGUCCUGGAUCCUAGGGUUGACAAAUAACUUCUACCUAUGUACCCUGAAACUUUGUUGCUGGUUUCCCUGUGAAGUAUUCCAGGCUAUUUAUCCUGGGCCCUUUCAACGUUUCCUUUAUACUUCAAAAGUACUUUUAGCAUGGUGAUCAAGCUUUGUGCAGCUUUUCGAUAUUGUUAGUUUGUUUCCAAAUAGGAAAGAAUGUAUGAACUACAAAGAGUUUGAUAGAGUCAGUGUAAGGAACGAUGGUUCCCCAGUCGUCUAGGUCUUCUGGCUUUCAGUACGUGCAAAUCUUUGAGAAAGAGCAUAUCAGGAGAGCUACAGUAAUUAGCAACCAUUCCAAAAUAUACUAGAAGACGUUGGGCAAGAGGAGAGCAAAGGAGCCAUGUAAGGACUGUAAAAUAAUUUCUCUAGAACUUGAAGAGAGCUUUAAAAUGACACCUGAAUCAGCUCUCUAGGUGCCAUACUUCCAGAGAUAUGAACACUUUUGUAACGCAUGUCAUGCUAAUUAGCCAAAAAUUAAUUAGCCCCUAUCUCACUAAUUAGAUGGCUUUGAUCAAAAAUAUUUGAGCUCUGACAGUUUCUCCUGAAGUCCAAUCAGUCCACCAAAUUUCAUCAAAAUCUGGUCAAAACCACGUGAGUGGAGAUUCUUGGUUGAAUUGACAUGGAACGACCCUAUAUUAUGGUAUAAUCAUUGUGUUUUGUCAUGUAGGACAUGGAAGUGAGCCCAAAUGAGCUGAUGAACAUCCUGAAUAGAAUCAUUUCAAAGCGUAAGACCCAUUUGUGUAACAUUUUUACACUUCUAUGUCUCCAGUAUUUCCUUGUCAUGUACAUCAUCCUGUUGUGGUGUCAUCCUUCUAUCUACAGUGUUAGCACAUUGUUUGUCUCUUGUAAACAGAGUCACAUGGUGAGUGGCUGCUUUUCUUUUUGUUGUGUUAGAUGGAGACCUGAAAACAGAUGGUUUCAGCAUUGAGUCUUGCAGGAGCAUGGUGGCAGUCAUGGAUGUAUCCUUUCUGUCAUUACAAAGCUUUGUGUGUUGUGUAAUACAGGUAACAGUGAUACAUACAGCAACAACAGGCUGUGAAAAAGACAAUCAAAUUUACAGGGCUGCAGAAACAGAUCAAACCAUUGUAGCUGAUGUUAACAAUGUUAUCUUAGCUCACUGUUACUCAUUGCAUGGCUCGUCAAGCUGUAAUUGGUGGCUUGCUAGAGAUGGGAAUCGAGAACUGGUUCUAAAUGGUUCAAUCCAUCAACAUCAUUUAGAUUUUAUCGUAACGAUUCCCUCAAGGACCCACUCCUAUGAAAAUCAUGUUUUUCUUGUUGUCUCCAUGUUCAUAUGGUAUUUUUCUGAUACUAGAGGACAUAUCAUGAGAAAAAUAAGUAUGAAAUUGCAUUUCUGAGUAUUUCUGCAUUCAAAUUGCUGUGAAUCUCUGGCAGACCCCAAAUGACAGGAUCAGAUACAGUGAGAUUUCCUAUGUAACCAACCCAGGCUCCGCCCGAAAUAGAGAGGGUGAUCGCUGAACAAGCAUCUGCGUUAGCGGAACAAGCAUCUGCGUUAGCGGAUUGAAAUGCUUGUAGGAAAUCUAAUUAUGAUAGUAGCUUUCAUCAUGCCCCUAAAGACAAUAGUGUCUGAGAGCUGAAUAGCUCCCAUGUUACCUGUUUCUUCUACUAUACCGGCAAUGUUAGGCUGCAAGGAGGAGAGGAGAAGUGUGCAGAGCAGCGCUGUCUCUGCCCACGACUCAGAGGCGAAUUACUAUUGAUUUACUCAAACUAUGCAGAAGAGUGGCAGUCUACGCAAAACGAGAACUGAGCCAGGGGAAAAAACAUGGUGGACGGUACAAAAAGUAGGCAGAAACGCUCUAAAGCGAUGCUCAGUUUUACUAAGAAAGACGACUACAGUGCAACGUUUGUCUCACAGUGAUUACAUGUAAAGGUGGAAACACCAGCAACAUUCUUAAACAUUUGUCAUUGGGACACGGCAUGAAAUAUAAGGAGUCACAUGCAUUUGAUGCUCUCCACAGGUCGUCAGCCUCUGCUGCUCCGUCUCAGCACGGCAUGGAAGGUAAGUAUGAUAGGGUAACCAUACGUCCUCUUUUACCCGGAGGGAGAGUUUAUAAAUUCCUUCAAAUGUCCGGAACGUGUAUUCAUUCAUUAUAAAACAGUGCAGCGCAUCAGUGCUCUCUGCAGCUCUGCCCCUCCGCUUACUUCUAAGCAAAGCCACUGACGCAACGCACGCAUGCACUGUCUUUGGGAAUUCAGUGCAUAAAAAACACUCGACCCGACCCAAAAAAACCCUCAAAAUUUCACACACAAGUCUGCCUAGUGUAGUAUUGUCCUCUUUUUGGGGAUUCAAAAUACGGUCACCCUAAUGUAGGUCCCGUGUCUCUCACUGAAGGUGGCAUACAUCUUUUUCUGUCAUUAGAGACUCAAUUAAAUUUUGAGUUAAUGGUGAAAACCUGUAGUCUGCUUUUUUUUAAAUCAAAGAAAGGUGUUGAUAAGGUAAUCGUUAAAGAAUUGAAUUGAUAAGCAGAAUCGAUAAUGGCAUCGAUAGCGAUAAACUCUUAUAAAUUCUCAUCCCUGUGGCUUGCAUGGUAGCUUCCUAUGUGGUAACACAGCCAAUACAUUUUUCAGAUGUGCUACAUAAACAUACAACACUGCAAAAACACAAACAUCUGAAUUAUACCUCUCCCUUCUCCCCAAUAAUGAAGGUGAAAGGAAGUAUUUUAGUCUUAAUGGUGCUUCCUAAAGGGGGCAUUGUCAAACCUCACAACGCGGCCUGCGUGUUAUGUGGCAUUGUUUACAACACUUGACUGAAGUGCACAUUUGCAGGCACGCUACAUUAGCUCCACUAGCCAGCGUGAAACACAAAAUGGACCAUUUUUUGGGGGGUUAAAAAAAGGGACAGAAACAAGCUCAAAAACCAGACACACAGUGUUGUAACAAAUAGUGGAGUGGAUGAUGAAAAUGAGUCUGAGGAAGCAGCAAACAGAAAUCAGCAUGAAGACACCGGGGAGGGGACGAGCAGGCAAAUGGCAGGUGUAACGUUUGGGUUGUACUGUUUACACUGGAUGACUGUGACUUGCAUUUUGUGAAUAAGAGUUAUUUGAAAAAAUGCAAUGUUGUGUUGUAAUUUUCUCAGUGGUGGGUUGACAGUGGAGUGGGUCGCCCCUGGGUUUGGGGUGGGUUGGGUAGUAGUCAUAAAAUUUUUCUAAGUUGGCAGGUCUGCUAUAGUGUUGUGAACAAGUCCAACAAGGAGUGUAUUCUAAUUACCUGCUGUGAGCUCUGCAUCUCUUGAUGAAGAAGGCAUGUAAAACACACCUUGUGUAAACACGACCUGCCGUUAACCAGCCCCCCCUGUUUGACCAGAGCCAGAGAAGGAAACUUCUUCACAGCUUUAGUUUAAAGCAAAAAGUCAGUUUUUGGUUUGCUUUGCUCAUAGUAAAACAUUCAGAAUAAACAGGCACGAUCAGCUACAAUUAAAAGAUUUCCCCUUCAAGGUAUUACAAUUAAACACAUUACACACUCUACUCUGGGGUAUUACAUACAUAUUACAUACAACUCGCACGUGUUGUCCUUAAUGCUGUUUCAGAGCGACAGCACUGGAAAACUCGGCUUUCAUGAAUUCAAACAUCUCUGGAACAAUGUAAAGAAAUGGCAGGCAAGUAUCAUCUUAUUUAUCCUGGUUGUUUGUUCAUAGGGCUGAACAAUUUUGGAAAAUAAUCUAAUUGCCAUUUUUUUCCUCAAUAUUGCAAUUGCAAUUCAAUGUGCGAUUAUUUUUUUUAUACAUAAAUUGUUCUCUCUGGCAAUCAUCAUUUCUUUGCAUCCCCAUCUUGUUUGCCAUUGAGCGAUGAGGAAGUUUGAUCUGUGCUUCAGUUAUUUCUGCCUUCUUCUUCCAACUUUGGGAGAAGUAUCCUACUACCUUCCUGCACAGCCUUAUUGCUCUUGAAACUCUUUUAUCUUUGAGUGCAUGUCCUGCAAUACAAAAUGAUGUAAGAACAGUGUAAUUUGUACAGAUUGACUUGUGGGAUACAAGGUUAUCAACUUUGGAAUGAACAUACACAAUCACAUUCUCUCCCACCCUCCAACUCUUACAUUCUCUCACACUCACACACAAUAUCAACAGUCUUAAAGUAUAAACAUCCAUUGGAGCAUUUUCCAAGUUUUCAUUCCGUUAUUCUGAACUGAUCCGGAGACUUUACCGAUCCCCAGCGACUUUGUUGACUCUUCUGUCACGACAGGGUCACAGAUCAUUUUCUUGAAAAGGAACAGAGGGUAGACUUUACAUAUAAGUAAAUAAAUAAAUACAUUUAUGAUGUAGGCCGGGGAAAAAAAUUGCUUCCCCUCUUUGAAAGACCAGCACAUGCCACUGCCUUCAAUGUAAACACAACUGACACACAGUAACUUGCAUAUGGGUUUACUGACACACUUUUUUAUAUGCACUCUUCCCCUGGCUGUUUCCACUAUGUAUGGAAGUAGAUGGCAGAUAAAUAGACCAUAAGUGUUAGAAGAAGGAUAAAAAUAAUAAAUGUCAGUUACAUGUCUGUACAUAAACAACACACUGUGUUCAAAAUGAAACUCUCUUUACAUUUCAGAAAAAAGACAACAAUGAUUUUCUAACUAUGAAUUACUUGGUGUCCUAAUUACUACCGUAAAUACUUAAUAACAGAACAACACAGUUAGUUUGACUGAGGGAAGGCAAGACAGGGGUAGGGCAACAUAUUGCUUCUUAAACUCAAACCAUACACACUAUUACUCACAUUUCUAAUAAUGUUCCAGUUUAUGAUUGAUCCACAUCCCCACUCCUGUGACUGAGUAACAUAACCAGCUGAUGGUCUGGCUUAAAAUGGCAUACUGAACAUGGCAGUUAUCAAACUUUAACAUCCUGCUCUGUUCUUAGAGAGAGUAGGUGGAAGGAGCAUUUAGGACAGAGGUGGAUAUGAGGCUUCAAAGAUGGCACCUAGCUACUUAACGACAUCAGACAACAUCAGAAUGACUAUAUAAAGCCUGACAAUUAACAUAACACUCCAGAUACAUGAUGCACUACUCUCUAAAAAAAAUUUCUUUGUUUUUAGGGAAUUUACAAAUCCUAUGACACUGAUGGUUCUGGAGUCAUUGGUGCAGAUGAGCUGCCUAACGCUUUCAGAGCUGCUGGUAAGUAGUUAUUUUUACAAACCCCAAUUUUAACAAAUUGAAGUUGAGACAUUGUGUAAAACGUGAAUGAAAACAGAAUACUAUGAAUUUCAAAUCAUUUUGAAGAUUUUUCCUCUGGCUUUUGUGUAGAGGGUUCGUCGUUUCACUAUUGUGGCGGAUUUUUGCAUGUGUUCGUGAUUAGCAGCAUAGCCUGAAGCCUGGGUCAUUUGUGUUAAUGCUGAUGAGUGCUUAUAUAAAGUGUCUCUCUCGUUUCAGGCUUCCCCCUUAAUGACCAGCUCUUCCAAAUGUUAAUCCGGAGGUACAGCGAUGAAAAUGGAAACAUGGAUUUUGACAACUACAUCGGCUGCCUUGUAAGGCUGGAUGCCAUGUGCCGUAAGUUUAAAAGACCAGCCCUAAAGCUGAUAGUUAAAUGUGUCUUUACCAGGUCUACCUAUCCUAGUGUUACAAGUAAGGAUAAGGGGAUAAGAUCAAAGCUCUAAACAGCAGAGCAGGGUCAGAGCAAAACUGCAGCUUCAGGAGUCUGCAUAGGUCAGUACACACUACAAGUGGUCCAGAAAGCAAAACUGGCAAUAGGGGUAGCCAAUUCUCAUUGAUUCAUGUGAGGAGGAAGGUUUAUUUUUAAGAUAUGAUCCACUGAAAGAGCUAUUGAAGCUCAAGCCACUAAAAAGUGGAUGCUGGUUCUUACAAUUUAGAGAGGUCAGAAUUAACAGCAUGUCACAGUUUGUUGCAUGGAAGGCAGGGCUGCAUGGCUGCAGGCUGGUUUGGUGCUCAUGCUGAUCUCCGUCCACCACUAAAAGUCUUGCAGAUACCUAAUAAAUCGGAAAAUCCUAAUUUUGGCUACUGUCCAGGAUCUAGACUUUUCCAGUGUUCAGUAUUUCAGCAUGAAUUGGUUGUAGCGAUUUGAAUAUAUAAUAAAUGUCUGCAGAUUAAUAAUCUCAAAUUAUGACAUUUAUGUACUCGUUCAAAGGGGCACCACCCACCCUUAAUGGUGGGAAAAUAACGAAAAACAAAAGUUUAAUUCAGAAAUCAAACCUUAAGUCAAUCUUAAAUUAAUUAAUCUCAUAUUUUAAGCCGAAAUUCUCAUUUCAGGGACCCCACUUCUGGAAUAACACUAACAAACAAGAACUUAGAAAAAUAAUGAUCUGUUUAUUACAGAAUAAAUGAUAGUACAACAUACAUGCAAUAAAUGAUGAGAAGAUAAUGAGGAUAAAUAAUAGAUUCUAAGAUUAAGACGACUUAAAGGGGACCUGCCAUCAAAAUGUAAUUUUGUGUGAGUAUUUUGUGUCAGAUAAGGUCCAUAUUAUGUUCGUCUUAGGUUGUAAAUGUGAAAACAAACCGUUACGUCGUUUGCAUUCUGUAAAGGUUUAAAAUAAAGGAACGGGUAAACCAGGCCAAUUGAAAAAGCAGUUCCCUCUGACGUCGCGCUGACCUUGCUCAUUAUUAUUCACAAGCGCGUCCUCGGUGAGCCGCGCCCACUCUCGUUCUCGUACUCAUUCACAGUCAACAACAUCACUCUCCAGCCAGAGCGAGACCCAGCUACCACUUUAUCCGCUAUGGGUCUCUUCCAAACAACCAGUGUUUCCUUGGGUUCACUGCCGGGAAAAUGAACUUAAAGCUGGGCAGAAUGAAUGAGAAAACACCGCUGGAGAUCUCUGGCUUCUUCUUCAACUUCCACCUCCUCUUCGGACUCGGGGUCUAAAAUAUAUGGUUUAAUACCUGCCAUUUUUAGCCUUUAGCAUAAGGUGACCAGACGUCCCCGAUUUCCGGGGACAGUCCCCUUAUUGGAUGACCUGUCCCCGGCAAAAGCUGUCCCCGAAAAUGUCCCCGAUUUAAGCGUUUCAUGAAUGAGAGCAAAAAUGUUGCGUGUGUUGCGGUUAUUACAGUAGCCGAAUAGGUAGGAAGCACAAGUAAGCAGUCCUGAACAACAGUUUUUAAGGGGGUUAUUAAAAGGGGCAUGCGCUGCUACUAAAUAGUACAGAGAUUUUGUCUGUGAUCACACAGCCCCUGCAGCCCCUGCACCCGACGCUGCCGCCGCACCGAAUAUCCCCGGAUAUCAUUAUAGACAUCUGGGCACCUUGCUUGAGCACACAUUAGCAAAAUGGAUAAACCGAAAUCCGAACCUCCACUGUUGAGCCAAUCAGAGCACAGCAGGCUUCACAGCAGCGAUCCAAUCAGAGCAAAGCUCAUUACCAUAAAUGUUAAUGAGCCAAAAUCAGUUGGUUUUCCUGUAAGGUUUUUUAGGCAUACUAAAACAAACCAUCAAAUAACUUUUCAGCUAAAAUUAUGUUGCAAACAUGAUCAGAGGACAUCAAGGAUUAUGAAAAAAUGAUAAAAAUGGGUAUGAAAUUUUGAUGGCAGGUCCCAUUUAAGUCAGCCGUAGGAUGGGCCAGGAGUUGCAGCACUCGGGCCCAAAGCAAAAACCGGCGCUUGUGGAUCCUGUGGGUGCUCGUUGGUCUCACUCAAAAACUCUGGCACAGAGAAUGACUUUGGGCCUGCUGGGUGGUGUUCAGAGGUGACCUUGAAAUCACGCAGAUGACUCAGAAAAAGAGGGUCGCUGGCCAGUCGAAACUAUUUCAAAAAUGGCUUUGCGAAAUUAAAGAAAAAACAAUUAAAGGCUUAAUCUUGAAUUGCUAUGCACACAAAAAGUUGAAGUUUCAAAACUUGAACUAAGAUGAUGUUAAAGAAAAAUCAAUGUAAAUGAACACGUGGUGUAAAACUUUGAAGACUAAGAAAUAGUAAGACUAAGUAAAAAAAAAAAUUAGAGCUAAGAGAAAACAAAAAAGAGUGCUAAGAGAAAACCCAAGGAAAAACCAAGCGGGAAGAAAAAGAGAACGUAAGAGAGUAAAACAUAAGAGAGAGUGAGCAACCCCACUUUACUGGUUUUUAUCGUCUCACACUGGGAGUGUCUCUGGCGUGUGUGUGUGUGUGAGGAGAAAGAGGAGGGGUUGUGGAGUCUCUGGCUGCAGAGGAGACGUCUUGGAUUUCUGAUUAUUUGAUCUAACUUAUACUUUUGGCUGGUAAAAGAGUCAGAUCUGAUACUCACUCACUAAUAUCAUUGAAUGCUUGGUUUCAUGAUAAAUGAUUUGAUACUAAACACAUAUGAAUGAAAUGUAGGAUCACGUCAAACAUUCUCAUUAUGUUUUAAGUAUCACACUGAACAUGCUAAAUUACUCUGAAAUAAAAAGAUGCUAACACAAAGAAACUGUGAACAACAAAAGAGUAAAUACAUGUGAAUGAACUUCAUCAUCAUUAAUAAUGGAUUCUGUAUGUUAACAUUCAGAUUAUUCAAUGACAUUAUAACCAUCUAAUGGUUAAAAAUACUAAAUAAAUGAUUAAAAUAUAAACCAAACAUUUCUAAACUAUUUCUGUUACUUUUAGUAAAGUUAUGAGUCAUAGUCAAAAAAUUUAACUCCUUAAAGUUCAUGAAGUAGUCUGAAAAGCUGUUGGCCUAAAGAAACUAAAGAAUAAGGAUUUAUUCUGUCAGAGUGAUAACUUGGCUUCUGGAGCACAUAGAAACACAGGAAACAUCUCAUUUUAACACAAAUUUCAUGAUUAGAGAGAUCAGUACAUUGCUGAAUGCAUAAGAUGUCAUUAUCAGUCAUUUGUAUUCUUUCUCCAAAGGAAUGCAGUUUUUAUCAGUACAUGGUUGAGCAGGGAUUUAUGACUGAGGUCUGGAGGUCAGUGUCCUGCUCCUCAGACCUUUUCUUGGGGUCACAAUUUUUAAGACAGUAAAUCUUAAAUGGGAGACCUGGAUUGAGUCAUGAAUGAUUAUUUAGAUGGUAAGCGAUGUCAGUUUGAAAGAUAAUAAAGACUCUGUCUCUGUUCUCUGAAUUGACCAAUCGUGAAGAGCCAGAGGUUUCGGUCAACCUCCGGUCGGGUCAGUUAGGUAACCUAAAAGUGCAAACAAGUCUGGAAAGAAUUAUAUGAUCCUGUGUUCUGCGAACAGAUAAGGAACUUUGUUUGCGAUAAAUGUGUGGGUUUCACCCACAGGUUUGUCUUGAUUGCUACAUGGUCUAUCUCCAAUUUCCACCUUUUGACAAGUAAUGUUAUAAGAGUAAGGAGAUCAACUGAAUACCACUCACUUGUGACAGAAUGUUUUGAUGAUAAAAUGUCAAACUACUAUCUAUUAUUGAGUUUGAAAUAUAAGCCUGAUUAGCAUAUGAAUCAGCUGCGCCCAGAACAAACAUUUAUUGGUUAAAGGGUUACAAAACAUUUAAAUGGUAGGUUAACUGAAUACAUUGUAGGUGUUUUAUACGAGGUGUUCCCAAACCUUUUUUGCUUAAAGACCCACGCCAAUGAAAAUCAUGUUUUUCUUGUUGUCUACAUGUUCAAAUGGCAUUUUUCUGAUGCUACAAGACAUAUCAUAAGAAAAAUAAGUGCGAAAUUGCAUUUCUGAGUAUUUCUGCAUUAAAAUUGCUGUGAAUCUCUGGCAGACCCAAACGGCAGGCUCAGACGCAAUGGCCCUUAUUCAUCACUCUUGCGUAGAACUGAGCGCAGGAAUCAUCGUACGAUUGGACACACGUGAGAUUUAUGAAAGGGUUCAUAUCUGACCAAUCCCAGCGAAUGAAUGAUAGGGUCUUGAUACAUACGGUUCUGAACUUGAUCAUCAUUAACAUGUCAUGCCCUUAAAUAUUUGUGGUACAGAAGCCUCGCCCACUGAGGUCAAACAUGAAAAAGGAAAAAUGUUAGAAAGAUGCAAAACUUUUCUGAGAUGAAAGUGGAUAUCCUUGGUUCUGUGGUUAUAACUAACAAAAAUGUGAUCUUUGGAAGCAUCAAAACUGGUAUAAAAGCAGUCCAGAAGAACCCUGCCUGGAGCAGGAUUGGGUGGCGGUUAACAGCGCUGCCACGGAAUAAUGGACAUCGGGUGAAGUUUGAAUAAAUCAUUAGUCAAUAAGUUGCCCAUGAUGAUAAAUUAAUAUCUCAUACAUACCUUAUAUUUUUUAUUGCCGUACCAGGGUACGUGGCUCCUUUUAUUGAGAGUAUUUAGUUUUAAUUUGUUGCGUCUUUGUAAUGUAGAGCAGACUGGAGAGUCUGACAGAGGCUGAACAAAAAUCAUUAUUAACGUCACUAAACGGUUGUUGUUGUUGUUGUUGUUGUGUGUUGCUGCCCCUGAGGCACAUUUUUAUGGAUUUUUAUCACUGAUUAAAUUGCAAGACCACUUUCUAAACUUGUUCUCUGGGCAUCGGGUCCUAACGUUGCACCUGCACAUCGAACAGCACUUCAUUCACUAGUACAACAUUGUGCAAAACUGUACUGGCCUAAAUGAUAUCUCACACCUUUUUAGGAGUGUACAACGAUGUUCCCCCCGCUGGGCCAAGACAGAGCCACCUGCCUUUUAGGAGUCAAAAGCAGCGCUCCACAGUGGCAUGUGUGCUUGUGUGCACAAUGUUAAAACGGCACUCCUGCUCUGUGGCAGUGUUUGCCUGGGGGGUUAUCAAAUGGGCCUAUUCAUUAAGGGCUUACCAUAUUUAUUUUAUUUAAUUUUAUUUAUUUAUUAAUCUUUGAUGAAAUAUGUCUGCUUGUCCUUAAUGACAGGUUAGAGGUUUGUUUAUUCAUUAUUUUGAGACAGACAUUUGCUGCACUGCACUUUAUUAAACUUGCGUACACGAUUUGAGACCUGUUGGAGAUUUGAUUGUAUCUUAUGCUCACGGCCGAAAGUGAUAAAUGCCAAUCCCUGCUUGGAAAUGGUCGUACAAACAGUUGUGUUGUGUUUGAGAGCUGAAUAGCUCCUAUGUUACCUGCCACUUCUACUACACCGGCAAUGUUAAGCUACAAACUAGCGUAAGGGGGGUGUUCAGAGGAGCACUGUCUACACCCACAACUCAGAAGCGAAUUGCUAAUGAGCUACUUGAGCUCUGCAGAAGAAAAGCCCAAGUAACAUAAUUUUGGCUAAAAACUUCAUAAUCACAAUUUGACCACUGAUAACACCUCAAGUGGUAAAAAAAACGAUCUGAGUGGGACUUUUAGACCCAGAACAGAAUUUGAUGUCUCCUAGAGACCUAAACUCAACCUUCCUUUGUACUUAAGCAUUCAUGAUCCUGCAAUCACUGCUGUUACUCUCUUUGGACAAACUUUAUAUUAAGCCCAUGACAGUUGUGAUCGGAGGAUCAACAUAUAUAGGAAGCUUUUUUAAGAGGUCAAUUUCCACAGCAUCUAUAAUUGUAUGAACUAAUGAUAAUGACCAAAACAAACUAUGAAUUUCAAUAUAUAAAUAGAUUUAUUACAAAUUGUGCUUUGAGAGGGUAAUAAACAACAGUUAAAAAUAUUAAAAAUAAUAUUUAUCAGAAUCUCAGAUGUAUACAUCUGGGACAGAAAACAGUGACUUUACUGGAAUUAAUGGGGUAUUCCAGUGUAAAAUUAAGUUAGGGUCAGAAGCACUGUAACACUGAGUUAGACAUCCCCCCAAGAGAUGAAUGUUGCCAACUGCCUUUUACUUUAGUAAUACCAACUUUAGCAACGACCGCAUGAUAGCAAUACACAGCAAUCUACCUCUCCACGCGCCAACCUCAACCAAAAAGCCACUCUAUAGCCACAAAUAAUGCUCAGAACAGCACCUAACUUCAUCAACAGUACAUAUAGGGUCCCAGUCAUAGUACUGGCCAUCAAACAGCUUUUUAGCUUUGCCUGGUUUCUUUGGCAAAGAAACCAAACACAACUCACCCACUCUCCUCCAGCAGCCACUUGUUUGUGGGGAGCCCUGACGAGUUGAUCACCGAGUGCAGUGGAUCAUUUUUUUGAUGUAAUAAUCAUCGUAGUCAUUAUUUGAGACGCGGUAGUUCUUCUGCCUAAGCGUCUCGGUCUGGCACCGAGAGGCACCUCUAAGUACCUGGUAGAUAAAGGAGAGAAUAUUAUCAAAAAUCCCCACUCCAACUUCCUACAAUAGUCUCUCUCUGUCUUUCUCCAUCUCUUUCUCACUCUCUCUCUCUCUGUCUCUCUCUCUCUCUCUCUCUCUCUCUCUCUCUCUCUCUCUCUCUCUCUCUCUCUCACACACACACACACACACACACACACACACACACACACACACACACACAGCUCAACUUUCCUCCUUUCUUCAGUAUUGAGUACCGUUAGUUAGUGUUAGCUAAUUGCUAUCAUUUGACUAGUUAGCCAGGAAGUAGAAAAAUAAAAUGUGACGGACACACAAAACUAACUUUUUAAAUGCAACACAAGCAAAUACAACUUGACGCUAAAGUUACUAUUCUACUGUCAAACACUGUUUUUUUAAUGCCUCUUUGCAUCCUGUGUAGGGUGCCUGGUUUGACGAUGUCGGUCGGCUGAGCAUCUUGGCGCUAAAAAUACAUUGAGGCCUGUCUUCAUUUUUUUUGGGUUGUUGUGAAGCCUACUUUAAUGAACUCUUCCUGGACAGAUGGAGAGAGUGAAAGACAGAGAUGCAACGGAGAUAAUCACCACACAGCAAUAUUAUAUUGUUUGUGUUUGGAAUCUGUAUUCACAAAUGUGUUACAAAUUUUACUCCACCAACUGGCGACCCAAUGAAAAUUGAUCUUCGACCCACAUUGGGUCAUGAUCCAUAGUCUGGGAAAGGCUGUUUUGUACCAACAUCAUGCACAGUAACUUAUACAUUUAAUGCAGAUUUUCUGAACAAGUUUAUACAGGAUUUGACUUAAUUUGUUGCUGACGAAGAAACUGAAAAGAGACUGAAAAUAUUCAUAUUGGCAAAGCCUGGUGAUGCUUCUGCUGCAGUCGUAGAGGGCUGCUCUAUGUUCCACUAGCCACCAGGUGUUGUGGUGUUUUCUGAAGAUGUAACCCUGAAAUUGUAAUUUUCUGCUAAAGGAAAAAAAACAAAAACUUCUUAAACUAGUGUGAGUAUCUAAACUUUUCUGCUUUGAUUCAGGUGCCUUCAAAACCCUGGACAAAGACAGCAAUGGGACCAUCCAAGUCAAUAUUCAGGAGGUAAAGUGAUCUCAGUUUUCUUUUAAGUUAUUUUUUGUCUUUAAAACAAUGUACAUAAAUAAUCAAUGCGGGGUGAAAACUCGAACCAUAGAAACAGACUUCUUCCUCCAAAGUAGUGGGGUAAAGCAGGGCUGCAGUCUCAGCCCCGCCCUCUUCAAUAUCUAUAAUAUCUAAGUUGAUGAUUUGGCCAAAGUGAAGUGCUUACUUUUUGCAGAUAAUCUAAUCCAUCUCCAUUUAAGGAGGCUCUACAGAAGCAAUUAGAUCAUCUGCAAAGGUUCUGUCAGACCUGGGCCCUUACUGUCAACCCAGAGAAGACAAGAGUCGUAGUCAGAAACGACCCAAGUGUCAAAAAGACCAACACAGGUUAUUCCUGGACUCUACAGACAUACAACACGCACACAGCUACACAUACCUCGGACUACACAUCACCCCUACAGGAAAUUUCAAUCUGGCCAUUAACAUUCUGUGAGACAAGGGCAGAAGAGCCUUCUGGUCUGUUAAUAUUCCAGUUAGAAUCUGGAUCAAAAUAUUCCAGUCUGUAAUUGAACCCAUUGUAUUAUAUGGUAGUGAAGUGUGGGGUCGUCUUGUACAGCAAGACUUUGAGAAAUGGGACAAACACCCAAUCGAAAGUCUGCACACAGAGAUUUGUAAAAGCUUUCUCCACAGGAGGUCCACAGAAACACCCCCAGUAACGGAUCCAGAGCUGAAUUAGGACAAUUUCCCUUUUUAACCCUCACAUACUGUUCGGGUCAAAUUUGACCCGUUAUGACUUUUAACAGCAGUAAAAAUACCCUAAACGUCAUUCUUUAAGCCUGAAACUUGAUGACUUUUCCUGGAAUGGCCCAAAAUACAUGAAAUUAAUUUAAACAUUUUAAUGUGUAUUUUUGUUUAUGUGCUACACAUUUUUUCCCUCUGAGGCUGUUGCUUGUCAAAUUUGACCAGCAUCUACACACGUGGACAAAAUUGUUGGUACCCCUCAGUUAAAGAAGGAAAAACCCACAAUUCUCACUGAAAUCACUUGAAACCUACAAAAGUAACAAUAAAUAAAAAUUUAUUGAAAAUUAAAUAAUCAAAAUCAGCCAUUACGUUUGAAAUGUUGAUUAACAUAAUUAUUUAAAAAAAACAAACUAAUGAAAUAGGGCUGGACAAAAAUGAUGGUACCUCUAUAAAAGAUUGAAAACUAUUUGACCAGAGUGACAUGAUUAACUCAGGUGUGUCCUUUAAUUGACAUCACAGGUGUUUCCAAACUCAUAAUCAGUCAGUCUGCCUAUUUAAAGGGAGACAAGUAGUCACUCUGCUGUUUGGUGAAAAGGUGUGUACCACACUGAAUAUGGACAACAGAAAGCGAAGGAGAGAAUUGUCCCAGGACAUCCGAAAAAAAAUUAUAGACAAACAUCUUAAAGGUGCAGGCUAUAAGACCAUCUCUAAACAGCUUGAAGUUCCUGUGACAACAGUGGCUCAUAUUAUUCAGAAGUUCAAGACCCACGGGACAGUAGCCAACCUCCCUGGACGUGGCCGCAAGAGGAAAAUUGAUGACAGAUUGAAGAGACAGAUCGUUCGAAUUGUAUCCAAAGAGCCCAGGACAACCUCCAAAGAAAUUAAAGGUGAACUCCAAGGCCAAGGUACAUCAGUGUCAGAUCGCACCAUUCGUCGUUGUUUGAGCCAAAGUGGACUUCAUGGGAGACGACCAAGGAGGACACCACUGCUGAAAAAAAUCAUAAAAAAGCGAGACUGGUAUUUGCAAAAAUGCAUGUUGACAAGCCACAAAGCUUCUGGGAGAAUGUCCUUUGGACAGAUGAGACCAAACUGGAGCUUUUUGGUAAGGCACAUCAACUCUAUGUUCAUAGACUCAAAAACCAAGCAUACGAAGAAAAGAACACUGUCCCUACGGUGAAACAUGGAGGAGGCUCAGCAAUGUUUUGGGGCUGCUUUGCUGCAUCUGGCACAGGGUGUCUUGAAUGUGUGCAAGGUAAAAUGAAAUCUGACGACUAUCAAGGCAUUCUGGAGAGAAAUGUGCUGCCUAGUGUCAGAAAGCUUGGUCUCAGUCGCAGGUCAUGGGUCUUCCAACAGGACAACGAUCCAAAACACACAGCCAAAAACACCCAAGAAUGGCUGAGAGAAAAGCGUUGGACUAUUCUAAAGUGGCCUUCCAUGAGCCCAGGUCUGAAUCCCAUUGAACAUCUGUGGAAGGAGCUGAAACAUGCCAUUUGGAGAAGACACCCAUCAAACCUGAGACAACUGGAGCAGUUUGCUCAUUAGGAGUGGGCCAAAAUACCUGUUGACAGCUGCAGAACGCUCAUUGACAAAUACAGAAAUCGUUUAAUUGCAGUGAUUGCCUCAAAAGGUUGUGCAACAAAAUAUUAAGUUAUGGGUACCAUCAUUUUUGUCCAGCCCUUUUUCAUUAGUUGUUUUUUUUAAAUAAUUAUGUUAAUCAACAAUUCAAAAGUAAUGGCUGAUUUUGAUUAUUUAAUUUUCAAUACAUUUUUAUUUAUUGUUACUUUUGUAGGUUUCAAGUGAUUUCAGUGAGAAUUGUGGGUUUUUCCUUCUUUACCUGAGGGGUACCAACAAUUUUGUCCACGUGUGUAUUUAGAUGGAUGUAAGAUCUAGCAGUGUGGGACAAGUGACAAGCAGUAACAACGGUGUUCAAUAUAAGGUUUGUUGUUCAAGAAAAUAUAUUCAAAUCGUUAUGAAACAAUUAUUACCUUGACAGAAACACACACACGCCCACACAGACAUACAGUCACACAGACACACCUAGACAGAGGUCAAGAUGACCUAACCAGUCACAAGAACUUUCUGUGACAGAAAGCUGCUCUUGAAAGGGGCAGGGGGGACCUAAAAUAUAGGAAUAGUAAACAAACAACACAUGAGUGAUCAUACAUGGAGUACAAAGGGAUCAGAAGUCAUCCGGAGGUCAGAGUGUGCCUUGACACAGACAUAACAUGUGCACCUGCUCCUGCAAUAUAAUGUACAAAGUGACAAAUUGAAAUCUGUUUUGAUUGGGAGGAAUGUGGUGGGAGUCGUAACAUUAUGAGAGUGGAGACAGCUGCCAUUUCAGUGGCAAACACAUGUGCGAGCUCCACACAUGUAAAAUGUCCUACCUUUGCUUUGACCAGCAGUAAGGACAGUGACAAACAGUGAGAACAGUGUUCAAUAUGAAGUUUGUUGUUCAAAAAAGUAUAUUCAAAUCAUUAUGACUUUUAUAUUUUUAUGUCUUACAUAAUAUUAGAUGACAUUAUAUUUAUGACGUUGACGUUUCUACUGAUGACGUUCCUACUGAUUUUAUACUUUUUUCUCCUUUUUCUCUAUUCUAUUUUAAUGUUUGCUCAGCUGCUGCUUUUCAAUUGCCCCUAGGGAAUGAAUAAAGCUAUAUUGAACUGAAUUGAAUUGAAUUGAAUUGAAUUAUCCUGUGUAACAGAUAUUCUUCUCCAAUAUAUGUAUAUUUCACCAAAAAACGAGUGGUGUUAAAACGGAAAACUACACUUUCCCUGCUCUUUGAAACAUUUAGGAAGGACUAGUCAAUAAUUUUUUGAAGUAGCAUAGGUCAUUUAAACAUUAUUAAUAGGUUUGGGGUUAGAACAUUGGUGAAGAUACUUGCUACAUGGGCAGUUCUUGGACUGGGUCAAUUUUGACCCGGAACAUACUGUGAGGUAGUGCUGGGCGAUAUGGAAAAAAAUGUAUAUCACGAUAUGGAUCAUUUUAUAUCACUAUAACGAUAUACCAUGAUAUAGCUAUGGUAUGCUUUCAGUUCAAUGAAAAAUGAAAGUGUAUACAGCUGCCCUAGUACAGUGCCAGUACAAGACCAGCACUUAAAACUAGAAAAAUGAAUGAAUAAAUAAAUACGUGGCUGUAGUGCGUUCAUGUCUGUGCUCACCCAAAGUUAUGCAACACUCACAGAAAACGCCGAUAGUGUGAGCCAAAGCACUCCAUAAUAAUAAUAAUAAUAAUAAUAAUAAUAAUAAUAAAUUUAAUUUGUAAUGUACUUUACAUUUACAAAAAAUCUCAAAGUGCUACAGUACACAGUAAAAAAGAGCAGCAAAAAUAAAAAAAAAGCAAUAGAAUGACAGUCACAGAUGGGCAUAAAAAAGCAUAAAAGAAUAAAAAAAAUAAAGAAUAUAGAGUUGCAAUGUAAGAGGCAAGGUAGUGAAAGCAUAGAGGAAAGCUAACCAAAGGCUUUAUUAAAAAGGUAGGUCUUUAGGGCUCUUUUGAAGAGGUUGUUCACGCUGCUGGAUGUUUCUCCUACAAAGCUGCUCUCUGCCUCCGUCGCUGUUAAUUUACUCUUGAAGCACGUAGCAAGACCCGAGCAUGAAUCCGAGCGCUUUAUUUGCCUAUCAGGGGCAGACAGGUAAGGUGAUUUGAUUCGCCAUGACUCCAGAAAUGAUUGAAACACUACAGAAUGUCACAAAAUUACGUUUCCUCGCUCCUGGCUUGAAGGGUAGAAAUGCGCAGCCGCGCUCCCAGCUGACAGGAAGUCAAACCACUGUUGUAGUUCUUUUGUGUUGCUAACGCGGUCAAGACAGAGCAGUGGAUUAAACAGAGUGGCAACACUCCCAUAGGCAUACGCUGUACAGCCCGGCGGACCCCACUUCUGGGUUAUGGAACUCUUAAUAGUUCCAACAUGACCGCCUGUCACGUCGGACGCCGUUCGCUUCUAUGGCCACAAGGCAAGCACUCACCGAGGAUAGAUGAUAAAAUAUCAACAAGUUUAAUGCCAAUACAUGUGUUAUUGAUAUCGAGGGGACCCCUUUAUAUGUAAAAAUGUAUAUCCCAAAUGUAAUUACGUUUUUUUAGUCAGGAAUUGGGAGCGAUUUUUUUAGCCACGGUUUGCUCCCACACUCCCCGAGGUAAAAUAUUGUAUCAACGAAUGUAAUACCAAUACGUUUGUAAAUGGUAUCGAGGGACCCCUUUAUAUGUAAAAUGAUUUUAAUUUUAGUAUGCUCAAAUUGUAAUUACGUUUUUUUUAGUUAGGAAUUGGGAUCGAUUUUUUAGCCACGGCCUGCUAGUUGGAUGUCGUCAGCUGUAGAGGCCUGCCAAAAUUUAUUGUGUGACUGAGUUAUGAAUCACAGAUAAAUCAUCAUCAAUCAUAUGUUGAGAUGGUUACUUAUGGGCUUUAUUUUAGAUUUCCGCCUUUAUCAGUUCCCGAUGUUAUGUGCAAUUUAUUUUUUUUAGACUAUCAUACGUGCUAUGUAAUUUGAUUUCUGCUUAUGGGAUGAUAGAGCUAAGGGGCAGCUACUUUUUAAAUCCUGCAGCAUUUAAGGCGUAUGUUUAACAUGGAAAAAUGUUAUGCAGGCCAUGCUGCAAGACCAAAACAUUGCACAAUUGUUUAAACAGCUUGUAACACCUGUUACUUACCACUUUACUGUAUUGUUUUCUCUUAUUAAAAAGUAACAUGUGUUACCAAACUUGUCUUCUUUCACUUUUCUUUGUCAUCCAGCCGCUAAAUAUACAUACGUGACUUUGACGUGUACACAGUAAUCCAAUAAGAGUUGCAAAUGUUGACUUUUUACGGUUAAUUUUAAUAUUUACCUCUUAAAUGCGUGCUCACUGCAGUCUGUCCCGUUGAAGAGCAUGGACAGUGCAGGCUGCGUUUGGAACUAUAGAGGGGUACAUGAACCACGUGACCGCUCCGGCGGCGAGAUCUGAAGUUGUCGCCACUCUGUUUAAUCCACUGCUCUGGGUCAAGAGUGUUGGCUCUCACUGAGAGAUGACUACAAAAAUGGACGCACCUGUUCGUCUGGUUGUUUAACACGGCUGAAAAUGAUCAUCUAUUAAUGUUGUUCCCGCUUCUGUCCACUCCCGUUGCUUUUUUUCCCGUCCCGUCCCGAUCAAGGGAUUAAUUAAAAAAUGACUCCCAUCCCGUUGGAUUCCCGCGGGAAUCACGUGACCCACGGGAAUUCCCGAAAAAUGUCAUCCUCUACAGGGAGGGUCCCGUAGCAGAUGAAACAGGUGCCGGAGUGGCUGAAAUAGGUCCCGGAUCCGAUCAAAAGAGGUCCCGGAGCGCGCUCCGGCACAAAUUAAGCACUGCUUACAAUGAUCCCCUCACGCGUGUUACCCAGGUAACCCGCAACGGCGGGAGAUGCUGGACACGAAGAGGGCACGUAAAGCGGCGUCAUGUCGCAAAAUCGAAAGAGAAAUGCGAGCCUACAUGUCAACGCAUCCUUUUCUUUGUAAGAAAAUAUUGUUUUCUUUCCCGUUUGACACCAAAUACACUUACUGAAUGUGCAAUUGUUGUUGUUACUAUGAAUCAUCUGAUGGCACAAGCCCUAUGGAUAAAAUACAGCCUAUUGCUCGAAACGAUAAAAAUAGAAAUGGCACGAUAGACAUUUUCUAUCGUGCCCACGAUAUCUAUAUAUCCUAUCGCCCAGCACUACUUUGAGGGUACAGGAUUUGAACAGUAUGUAAGGGGUUAAUUCAGAUCCAAAAAUAGGCAAAAUAGGCACCUCAAAGCCUACCACCCCAACUAUUGGACAUCUACAACUCAAACCCAAUGCAAACUUCAAUGCUAUCUGGCCCUAAACAGAUAAUACUCCAUGGCAGAUUACCUGAGUUUGGUAACUGACCCCAGACUGAGGAGAUCCUUGACUGUGUACAGACUCAGGACCCACAGACUGGCCAUAGAGAGCAGUCACCGCAGGCAGACCUGGCUGCCCAGAGAAGAGCGGCUGUAUUGGCUCUGUUAGGAUGUAUUUCACAACGUAUUAUGAAAUCUCACUGUCUUCAUAACCCCAUCCUUUCUGCUCUUGUGUCUCUUCAGUGGCUUCAGCUGACCAUGUACUCUUGAGUCGGAAGGAUGUCUCUGCUGCUCAUCAUCUUUAUUUUACAAAGAACCAAACAUUUCCUCCAACCCCACAUUUUCCUGUUUCUCUAGCCAUUUUGAGUGCAGGUUUUUACUAAAGUUUUGGAGUAGGUCACAUAAUACUUGCAAGAAUAAAACGACACCCCACUGCUCAUCCAUGUCAGUACAAACCAGUACUCAUAAUGGUCCUGAGGAGGAUGAAAGUAAAUGCUGGUAAAUCCUCUGAAAAGUUCAUGUAGCAAACAGGAUUGUACAGACAGACAAAGACAUGCCUAAGUGGUUAACUUGUUUGGAGACUGCUUUUAAAUUGAUUAUUCUUUUUGGCCGAACUGACAGGAAAAGUUACAACACAAAGAAGAUUUGGUGCACCUUAAAAAUGUGGAAAAUAAAAGCAGGAUGCUUCUAUCUACAGUGACUGUUUUCCAGAAAUCAGGUCGGUAGAAAUUGUCUAACUCCUAACAACCCUUUUGAAACGGCUGUAUCAGAAUAGGAACCUAGGGAGGGAUUUAUUAUGGAUAUUAAUUUUUGUUUACAGUCAUCUAGAGAAGGGGCAUAAACAUAUUUAAAGGAAACUGAAAAUAGCUGAAUAAUUAUUCAAAAUACCCAAAAUAACAUUAAAAGUCAUUGCUGGAUUUGUGGCUGGUGUACAGGUGACAAUCAGCACAAGACAAAUGUGAACAAGAAUGCAAACAACUCUUAUACUUUCAGAGGAAUAUUAAAGAAAAGGAAAGACUGGCAUGUCAAGAAUCUUAUGCUGAGGCUCAAUUGAGGACACACAAUAUAACAAACAUCACCUGCAGAUAAAAACAAAACAAAACAGGAAGGCCUAGUUCAUUCAUCUCCAAAUAGUCCAGCACAAGUUUUCUUUUGUUGUGAACUAAAGUAAACAUGUAAAUGGCACACAUAGACAGCUUGAAUGGCAUUACUUUUGUUCUAUUCUAAUUUGAUUAAUCUGCCACAUGCAGCAAAAGAAUUUAGUGACUUCAAAGUUGAAAGUUUUCACAAAUUGGAUUAAACUUUAUGGUUCGAGCAGAGCCUUUUGGAUAAAUGGGAGCUGUACAAAUUGUAAUAUUACACACAGAUCUGUAGUUUAAUCACUUCACAGAUAGAUGUAUGUGCUGUCUUCGUGUAACCAUCCAAGGGUAGUCUAACUGCACUUUUUGUCCCCAGAAUAUUGUUAGUGCUCACCAGUAGGGUUCGAUAUAUGGUUUAUAAAAGGAAAGGGAUGUUUGUUUGAGGUUAAACACCUUUUUGGUACACUUGCAGAUCAUGGUUUAAAGAUUUGUACACUUCCUUAUUUUGCAUGAGAGUUAUCUCUUUGCUGUACAUACAGGGAGCAUUUAAAAGUCUCAAUGCUUUUUACUGCCACUACAAGAUACAAGCAAUUAAUGAAUACCUUAAAUAUAGAACUAUUCUUAAAGUGACCUAUUUUUUGUUUGUUGUUAACUGGUUUGUACUCAAUAUAUACAGCUCCAUUUGUUUUUUUUCCUCUUCUGAGUAAUAUUCACAUAGAGUGACUGUGUUGUUUGGGCAGGCUUUUAGUUUGACAUUUUAUGUUUGACGCUAGUUCUGCAACUUGGUCACAACAUUUUCUGUCUCAAUUCACUGAUCACUUUUUUAUGUUUAAUCUGAAAAUACCUGCAGAUAACAGCAUAGCAAUGUGUGAGUUAAUAUCAUGUAUAAAUAUACCACUAAUGUAUGCAGCAAGUCAUAAAAAUGCCAUAAUUAAAGGUUUUAUAGUUUGGUAAUAAUUAAAGGCAGGUAUAGCCAGUCGUUGAGCUGUAAAAAAAAAUGCUUGAUUAAAUAAAUACCCGUGCCAUAUGUGAAAUAAAAUGUUAGAUUUUUGUGUGUUA